UUUGCUCAUCGAGGUCUCUGUGUAGGUGGGAAGGACUUACAUAGCCAUUGGGGGCAAUUAGCUCCGCAAUCAUCGGUGUGUGCGAGAUUAGUGUUGCAAUACAAUCUCCACCACAAGUCAACAGCCGACGUAACCCAACUGUUGUCGUAGCGUUGUUAGAUCGGACCUUUAAAACGUCCCAAACACGCCGACUCAACUGCAGGACAGCCCGUGUGUGGUGUGCUUCUCCCCGGUUACACUCCAGGACAGCCCGUGUGUGGUGUGCUUCUCCCCGGUUACACUCCAGGACAGCCCGUGUGUGGUGUGCUUCUCCCCGGUUACACUCCAGUACAGCCCGUGUGUGGUGUGCUUCUCCCUGGGUCAACUCCGAGCGGUUUUUAAAUGCAGCUAAGCUAGCUAACAAUUAGCUAGCUCCAGUUACCUGAGACGACACUCGAACAAGUUGUUUUCAACUCACCUGGAUAAGAGACACUCGAACAAGUUGUUUUCAACUCACCUGGAUAAGAGACACUCGAACAAGUUGUUUUCAACUCACCUGGAUAAGAGACACUCGAACAAGUUGUUUUCAACUCACCUGGAUAAGAGACACUCGAACAAGUUGUUUUCAACUCACCUGGAUAAGAGACACUCGAACAAGUUGUUUUCAACUCACCUGGAUAAGAGACACUCGAACAAGUUGUUUUCAACUCACCUGGAUAAGAGACACUCGAACAAGUUGUUUUCAACUCACCUGGAUAAGAGACACUCGAACAAGUUGUUUUCAACUCACCUGGAUAAGAGACACUCGAACAAGUUGUUUUCAACUCACCUGCGGGCUUCAAACAUGUCGAGCUCCACCCGAGUCAAGCUGCCACCCGAGUGGAAGGACGACGAGCGGAUGAAUUUCCUCUUCUCGGACUUUAAGAAGAGCCGCGACGUGAACACAACAGACUGGGACAGCAAGAUGGACUUCUGGACGGCGCUGGUCCUACAAAGCUGCAGAGACCGCACUCGUGUGUGCCUCAGUCUGCACGACCUCAAUAAGACCUUCCGGAGGAAGGAGAGAUCACCCAUGGGGUUGGCAACUGUCAUCCAGUCCUUGUCCAGAUGUGGGAAGCUGCAGAGAGAGUCCGAGUUUGCUGCCAAUGUGGAUUGUGGCUGGUUGUCUUGGGGUGUUGGCCUUCUGCUGGUGAAGCCUCUGAAAUGGACCUUCUCCUCUCUGCUGGGAAGCAACUCUGUGCCUUUGGAGGAGUCUUUUGUUGUCAUUGAACUAGUGAAGAAAGCAGCUGAAGUACUGGAGAUGUUCUGGAGCAGUGAAUAUGCAAGCUGCUCUAUCUUGUCAUUUCAAGAGUUGUGUACUCUCACCUCCAGCGUGUGUGCUGAUGAAAGCACUCUGUGCAUGGCUCUGCUGCAGCUGCAGAGGGACAAACAAGUCCUGGUCUCCUUACACCAGGGGGAGAAGAUUGUUAAGUUCUGCCAAGCAGGACAAGGUCGUGUCUCCACAGUCAACCAUUUAGAGAUUGGCGUCUACCAGUUGCAGCGUAGUGAGAAGGUGCUGGAGGAGAGGCUGGACAAACUGAGCCUGGAGGCUGACAAGUACAAAGAGGAAGCAAGACUUCUGCUCCAGGAAGGAAAGAAAGCACAGGCAUUGAGAUGUUUGCGAGGGCGGAAGAGAGGAGAGAAGAGAGCAGAUGACUUGUUUGGUCAGCUGGAGUCCAUCCGAGGAAUCCUGGACAGAAUAGCUCAGUCCCAGACUGAUGAAAAGGUUCUGCAAGCGUACCAAGCAGGAGUUGCCAGCCUCAGGUUCUCUCUCAAGGACGUGACGCUCCAACGUGCCGAAAGCCUCGUCGAUCAAAUCCAGGAGUUGUGUGACAAACAAGAUGAUGUCAACCAAACCAUUUCUGGAGCAGUGACCUGUGCAGAUGAAGACAUGGAUGAGUUGGAGGAAGAGCUGAAAUUGUUAUUGGACGAAUCCAAGCCGCAUCCCGAAGUUCCAACAGAGCACCUGCCGAACGUCCCAGGUGACGACCUGCUGGAUUUUCUGCCCGCCGUCCCUCAAAGUGAGCUGAACAUCAGCACCAAGCAGCUGGAGGAAGAACUCAAACUGCUCACUCUCUAAGAUUCAGGGAUCCAGCACCUGGACAACAGUUGGAACACGGGUGGCAUGGACACCUGCAUGGAAGUUGCCAGCGACAAGUGGAACUAUAAGCGUAAAAGUCAGGUGUAAAAUUGUGCAUCAGGAUAGAAACAAGACACUUUGCUUCAUUUCAUCCAAAUACUAAAUGCCUUUGCUGUGGAUGCAUUUUUAAAAUGGCCGUUUCAUUAAGCAAUACAGCAUUUCUUUUAGAUGACAACUUUAUCUGAAACGUCAAUUUUGUACAUAGGCAAUCUUGUUUUUGGUAUGCCGCCGCAAUACCAUUUUAUUUUGGGAUGCUUUUUGUCAAAAUAGCAGUUUAUGCUUAAGGUGUAUAAUUGUAUAUAAAUAGUAUUCUUCUGUGGAGUGUCAAGUUACCAACUAAAGUAUCCACAUUUGCCAAAAUAGAUGUCCAGUCUCACUGGAACAAAUCCAUGAUGCUCAAGACCUUAAGUUAUUUGAACUUUUCUGCAAAUAAA